AUGCCUGGACUUUUCAUGCUAAUUCAUUCUCCAGCAUUAUUUCUUCGCGUUGCUAUCAACAUAGCUACGAGUACUGUUGGAGUUUCGGUGAUUGCUUCUACUAUUGCAGUGGGUGUUGUCGUAUCAAAACUACCAGCUCAAUCUGGAGCAAAUCCCUUCAGUCAAACUACAAUAAUAGUUCAAUCAUCAUCAACACUUGCAUUUAAUCGUAUAAUUCAAUCAUAUGAACAGCAACAUUAUUAUAAUACGACAGCAACACUAUUAGACUUGGUGGAUGCAUUAAAUAAAUACUUAGGACAACGAUUUCCGAAUCAAUUCAUUAAAGCUGUUAUUUCGGGAUUUUCGUUAAAUCCUCAAAAUAUUACUAGUCGUCGAAGAAGAAGACGACAAAUCUGGUGUUGUCCUCACAAUGGUCACUCUCACGACGAUCACUCUCACGAAGAUUGCUGGAUAUGUACUACGGCAUCUACCACCCCGAAGACUACCCAAGAAGCAGCCUCAACAACGUCGAUGAAUGUAAUUGGGUGGACAGGUGACAUCGACCCUACAGGUAGCACAGGUACUCCACAACCUACACAAUCAUCCGCAUCAACUUUUACUAUCACAUCAUCAGCAAUGUCAUACUCUUCUGAACCAUCAACUCGAGAUUCUUCCACUUCUUCAUCGGUAUCUCUUACUACUACACAACCAACGACUUCUAACAGCAACAAUAACAGCAGUUGUAAUAUUGCGACGUAUGACAACGGCAGUAAUCGAACAUCAGUUAUUUACCUAAAUGGUACACUUUAUUUCAAUACUACAAAAGACAGUACGAUUGAUCCUAAUAAGAUUAAGGCUGCAUUGGCAUUAUUCAGUCCAGUUAUUGCUUUAGCUGAUCAGUGUGUAAAUAAAAGUUCCAGCCAAAGUACCUUUAAUUCAGCAUUGUCCACUGUUGCGGACCCAACUGAAGUAGUCGGUGGUACAUCAUUUUUAGCUAACGCUAAUACCAUUCCUACAUAUUUGAUAACUGCAGCGAAUAACGUUUCUUCUCCAACCGAGGCACCGAGCUACAAUACAACAGUAACGGUUGCACCAUCAACAUUGACAUCUACAACGACAACAUCUACAACUACAACCGCCACAGAAUCAACUACUCCUCUCGUUGGUUAA